AUGGCAUCCAUCCCCGAAACCAUGUGGGCGGCUCAUAUCAGCCAAUUCGAUCAACCGUACACGAUUACUCGCGUCCCCGUCCCACGCAUUCGGCCUAACGAGCUGCUGGUCAAAAUCGAGGCGGCGGGAUACUGCCAUUCCGACGCCCAAGUGCUGCACGGCGAGAUGCAGAGCGCGCUCCCGAUGAUCCCUUCGCACGAGCCCGUCGGCGUGGUCGUCGCAGCGGGCGAUGCGGCGGAUGGCUGGACGGUCGGCGAUCGCGUGGGCAUCUUGAACUUCAAGAAUGCCUGCGACCAAUGUGCCGGCUGUCGUGCCACGCAUCGACGAUGGCGUCGACUGGAUGCGCGAUUCUGCGAGCGCCGCGAGACGAGCGGCUUCCACCACGACGGCGCCUUUGCAGAAUACAUGGCAGCCGACGCGGCCACCACCGUCGCCCUGCCGGACUCGGUUUCCUUCGAACAGGGCGCGCCGUUGUUGUGUGCUGGGGCGACGGUCUGGGGCGCCUUGAUGAAGGCGCGGCCCUUCCUGCAACCGGGGGACACGGUGGGGAUCCUGGGUAUCGGAGGACUGGGCCAGCUGGGCGUCCAAUUUGCCAGAGCACUGGGGUAUCGCGCAGUGGCCAUCGACAAUCGCGACGAGAGUCUGCAGCUGACGCGCCAGGCCCCCGCGUCCCUGCAACCCGAUCUACUUGUAAAUUCCUCGCACGACGAUGCCCGGGAUCACAUCUUCCGUCACACGGACCACGAGGGCCUAGCGGCGGUGAUCAACUGCGUGGACUCGCUGGCCGUCAACGCCUGGAGUCUGGAGCUGCUGCGCGUCGGAGGCGUGGCGGUGUUGCUGGGGCUCCCGGCGCAGCGGUGGCAAUUCGACUCGUAUCUCCUCGUCUUCCGCGAGCUGGUGAUUCGGAGCUGUUAUGUGGCCGGGCGCGACGAGGUGGAGGAGAUGAUGCAGACGGUGCAUCGCCACGGCAUUCGGUCGCAGCUGACGGUCGUCGGUUGCCAGGAGAUUUCGGGCGUUCCGGAGAGAUAUCAGACGAAGGCCUUUCGCGGGCGGUUGGUGGUGAGGAUGGAAGGGGAAUGGCAAUAA